GCUGCGCUUGCUGCAGGAACCUGCCCGUUAAGAGCUACCUCCCCCCACCGCCACCGCCGAGUAGUGAGCCGCCGCCCGGCGCCGCCAUGGUGUCCUGGAUCAUCUCUCGCCUCGUGGUGCUGAUCUUCGGUACCUUGUACCCCGCGUACUCCUCCUACAAGGCCGUGAAGACGAAAAACGUGAAGGAAUACGUGAAGUGGAUGAUGUACUGGAUUGUGUUUGCCUUUUUCACCACCGCAGAGACACUUACAGACAUUGUUCUUUCUUGGUUUCCCUUUUAUUUCGAGCUGAAAAUCGCAUUUGUGAUUUGGCUGCUCUCCCCUUACACCAAGGGCUCCAGUGUCCUCUACAGGAAGUUUGUGCACCCAACGCUCUCCAAUAAGGAGAAGGAAAUUGAUGAAUACAUUACUCAGGCUCGUGACAAGAGCUAUGAAACCAUGAUGCGAGUUGGCAAGAGAGGGUUAAACUUUGCUGCCAAUGCAGCAGUUACUGCAGCUGCCAAGGGCCAGGGAGUUUUGUCAGAGAAGCUACGAAGUUUCAGCAUGCAGGAUCUCACUCUGAUCCGGGAUGAAGAUACUGUGCAUAUGCGAAGCCAUGAGCCACAGCUGCACCCCUCUGGUGGGGGUCUUCUUGAAACCAUUGAGGAUUCAGCUUCCUGUUACUCCUCGGGAGAGGAGAGCGGUGUGACACAGAGGUCUAACGGAACUCUGUCGGAGACUAGGACGGACCCAUCAGAUGAAGAUGCAGGAGACAAACUUCCUAAACGCACCCAGAGUCUCAAAACUCCUAAGAAGGUGUUGAAAACUGAGCUUCCAGUAAGAAGUGUGAAAGCCCGUCCUAAGAAGAAAGCUGCAGGCUCUCUUGCUUCUGGCGAGUCAUCCUAAGGAGACCUUCCCCUUCCCCAGCACCUGUCUGUGUCCCGGGAUUUGCCUGUCACUUUCGAGGGGAAACUCCCCAAAGGAAGGGAGCUGAGAUUCAUGUACAUAACAGAUACUGCUUUGUAGAGCUCAUUCCAAGGCAAGGGGGAGGCUGGGAUUCAGAAAAUGGAGUAGAGGAUACAUGUCCUCAGGAAUUUUCUCCUUUUCAUCUCUCUGUUGGAGGGAAUGCUGAUAUGUCUGUACAUAGCCUGUUGCUUUGGAAUUCCCACUGUAUAACCCUAGUUGGGGACAAUCUUUGCUGGAAGAACUGACUAGGGUUAGAGACAUCCAUUGCACAGAAGCUGGAACAAUAUUAGAUACUGGAGUUCCACAGGGGUGGGUGGCUCCCUAAAAUGUCUUACCUUGCUCUGGGUAUUCUUCUGCAGCUGUGUGUUGUUAAGAAGUGCCCACCAUGAUUCAUCCUCCUUAAGAAUGGACCAUACCUGUCAUGUCCAUCCCCUUUGAGAAGGUGACUGAAAUAAUGUAUGCUGUGUGCUUUUGAACAUAAAGGACUAGCUCAUGGGAAUAUGCUGGAUUCCCAUUACUAGUACUGGAAGAUGAAGAGAUUGGGGUUUAUGUCUUCUGGAAGGUGAUGAUUGAAAAACUGAGUAAUGAAGAAAAUGCACUGUUAUGUGCAUGUGUAAUGAAGUAGAUACAGGUAUCUGCAAGAGUUAACCAUUAAAAAGGAAAGUUUGGUAUCUGGGAGGUUUUGGCUUAUUUUGAAGCUGCUUGAAUUUUAUUUUGGGUUCUGUUGUUCUAUUUGAAUCCUCUGAGAGCAUCAGAGUGAGAUGAGUGCCAUGUAGUGGGAAAAGUUGGCAAGGAGACUGUUGCUUUGCUGUUUAGUGAUUGAACUCCAUGUCAUCCUGAUGCUUAUUAUCGUGCACAGAUUCUUCCGUUGUAGCAGAUGACAGGGCAAAACCUGGCUCAAUAUAAUCUUCAGGCAUACUUGAGAAUUUUAGAAGCCUUUAUCACUCAAUUUUAGGAGAUCCAGUCCUCAGACCACGAGAACUGAUGAAUAGCUGUUAUACAAAUUCCACUAAUCCAGCAUUCCAUUUAUGGAAGAAUAAAAGGCAGGGAGUAUUGUGAUACUGUGAUUCAUCAGUCCUCUUGCUUUAUCCU